AUGCGGAGGUGCGUUUGCUGCGCGGCUCGGCGGAAGUGGGGGCAGCGGACGUGGUCGCCGACGGCGUCAAGUGGCGGCGCCGCCCCGACAAGCGGCGUCAGCGCGCAGGAGGCUCUGCAGAUAGUAUACCGUCCCAUGCCACUUCAGCAGACGGUUGAGUACGAAGAGGACUUUGGUCACAACUUGAUGGUUCACCGUGAGUUUGUUUCGAAGCGGCACCGUGACCAGCUGAGCUUUGAGGUGGGUGCACUGACAUAUAGCGAAGUAGAGCUGCGCCGCGGGCGACAACACCUUGCGGGCGUGAUGAACCGUGAGCGACGCGGGGUUGCUAUUGGUGCCGCUGGGGCACCCAGCGAUCAAGUGCGCAUGCAGACUGACGUUGAUCCGAACACACGGGAGGUCCUCACUGCACGCUACUUAUUUAAUGAGAAGAGGAUGCAAUUCUGCGACCGAUUUCAGAGUUUUAUGCAGAGCCGUUUGGAGGGACAGGUGGCGCAUAAUUCAGAGGGCGUGAAAGGCGGCGAGGACAAACAGUACCUUUUUUCUUUGAUGGAGGCGUGCGCUGUGAUUUACGGUUGCGAAACAACUGCCGCACGUGAGGCCUACUUCCGCAUGUUUCUCGCUCUGGACAUGGACUCUCUUGAGGCGGAGGAUGAGUCACUGCGUGAGCGCAUUGCAGAGGGAAAACUUGUACGGCAGGUGUUGGCAGAGAGUGAAGAGAAGGAGCGGGCGGGCGAUUCUGUCGUGCCGGUGUCAAGCGGGAAACCCUCCGCCGCCGUGGACGAUGACGCGGCCUUUAUUGCCUCCAUUCCUGAACUUUUGCUUUUUGAGGAUCCACCGCGGGUGAGGAACUACGGAGCUGUCACGAAGGAAGAAACACAUUCACUCGCCGCGGCGGAUGAAGAAGUUUUUGCUGAUGGUCACGCGGACGGGGCUGAAGGCAGCAAGGAUGCAACACACUUUGCCAUUGAAUUGCCCGACGAGUUUGAGGAGUAUGCACCGCUGUAUAAGGCCUACCUUGCCCACGCCAAGGGUGAGAGUGGCGUCGCCUCAUACGAUAUGUCGUCGCUGGGUUCAACAGGCAUCACGGCCGAGCGGCGUCGUUGGCGGGCAUUGAUGGAAAAGAUUGUGCGGGAGGAGUACCACACGAUGACGGGCACGGAGCAAAUGGAUGCGCUGGUGCUUAACGAGCAGCUGCACACUGUGAAAUUUUUUGACCUUAAGGUGGGUGACACAGUGCGGGAGAUUCUGCAGCUCUUGCAGCGCGAAACGGGGCAUGGCUCGUCGGCGCAUCGGGACACGCCUCUCGACAUCUCUCCGCAUCACCCAGAGCAGCGAAAUUGA